AUGAAGGGUUGGUUUGACGCGUUCCGCGAUGACGGAGCGCCAACCCUGUACUCGUUCUCGAACCGGACCCCCGUCACUGGCGAUGUCUCCAUUGUGGCAGUUUGUGUACUGUUCGCCACCGUUUAUUUGGCGUUUCUGGUCAUAUUUCCCGGUGUAAGGAAGCAGAAAUUCACAACAUUCACCACCGUUACGUUAAGUCUGUUUGUUGGACUAGUCAUAUUAGUAAGUCGCCUUGGCUCCGGCUGGCAUGUAGCCCAAUCGACAAUCGUUGCACCGUACCGUGCGUUUUCACGGGAGAAGCUGCCCGCCCGCAUCGGAGCGCACAUUGGGCUGAUGCACAUCAAUAUAACGCUUACGGCACUGCCCGUCGGCAACUGGACACCGCCGGAUAUUGAUUUCAACGAGCGGUUCAGCUGGAACCAGGCGAACGACAUGGGAAAUUCGUACCGCGAUGCACUACAGCGUGGACUGCCGUAUCCGAUUCUGACCGUGGCAGAGUACUUCAGCCUGGGCCAGGAAGGUUUCGCCUGGGGUGGCCAGUACCGUGCAGCAGGAUACUAUGCAAGCAUACUACUAUGGGCAUCGUUUGCCGCGUGGCUUCUGAUGAAUCUGCUGCUGGUCGCGGUACCCCGCUACGGUGCCUACACGAUGACCCUGACCGGCGCACUGUUGAUAGGGGCCAGCAUCGGAUACAGCUCCAUGCUACCGAAGCGACCGCUGACGAUCGUUAUCGAGGGAGCACGAAUCGAUUUCCAUCUGGGCUGGUGUUUUUAUCUCGUACUCAUCGCUGGCGUGUUAUGCUUCGCGAUCGGUUUAGUCAUUUCCAUCAUUGAUCUUGUGUGGCCCCAUCGCUUUUCUACCAUCUUGGAGGUAUACUAUGACACACCGUACGAUAGGCACGUAAUUCUUGAAGAGUCUCAUGACGUCAGAUAUCGCAAACGCAACAGCAAAGGACUAGAAGAACCACCAGGCCUUGGAUCUCGUAUCCUGAGACGUCUGUCAUCCAAAACUCGCGAUCAACAUACCGAUAAGAUGGGCAUCGAAAAUCGCGGAUUCCAGCACGAUGUUCCCAAGUCGCCGUGGCGUUAUCCGUUCCGACGAGCCCAACAAACGCCUCCACAAGGCAUCCAGCGUACGAUUUCGCAGGACUCCACAUCUAGUAUCGCAUCUGCCGCUGCCAUGUCCCAGUCGCUCCACAAGGUGGCACUCUCGCGGAUGCUACCGAAACCUCCACUGGAACGUACUCGUGAAAUUUCCAACUGGUAG